UCGCGAAGCGUAGCAACUCGUUCAGCCGCGACAUUUUUUUCUGUGAAACUGUGCGGGUGUUCCCGUAAGCCGUGCAAAAUAACGCGACGCAAAAGGAUGAUACACUCCGGGCGUACCAGGCUCGAGAAAAAAGUAAAUCGCGUGGGAGUAGGAGGAGGGGGCCAGGUCGGGCAAGGGGUGCAACCGGUCGAGGAUUCCGGUGCAAGUGGUCAAUGGUGGAGGCAGCAGCAUCCGUCGUAUCAUCACCAUCAUCAUCACCAUCACCAUCAUCAUCACCAACAUCAUCACCAUUAUCAUCAUCAGGCCGGUUAUUACACGUCGCAAUCCCACACCACUCACAACAAUCCUGUCACUACCAUGAAGCAGUCUUAUAUGCAGCUAACAUGGGUGUUUCAUGACGACGAGGCGCAGAUUAAUAAGAAACUGCCAAAAGAAUUGCUGCUUAGAAUUCUAUCGUAUCUCGACGUGAUAUCGCUAUGCCGGUGCGCGCAAGUAAGCAAAGCCUGGAACGUGUUGGCGCUAGACGGAUCCAAUUGGCAGAGGAUCGAUCUCUUUCAUUUCCAACGGGACGUGGAGGAAAAGGUGAUAGAGAAUAUCUCGAAUCGAUGCGGCGGUUUCCUGAGACAGCUGUCCCUCAGGGGAUGUCAGAGCAUCGGGAACAGUUCUAUGCUCUGUCUGGCCAGAGCCUGUCCGAACAUCGAGGAACUGAACCUGAGCCAAUGCAAAAAGAUCUCAGACGCGACUUGCGGAGCGCUCAGGGCACACUGUCUGAAACUGCAACGGCUGAACUUGGACUCGUGUCCUGAGAUAACGGACAACUCCCUCACGGAUCUCUCCCUGGGCUGUAAGCUUCUCACUCACAUCAACCUGUCCUGGUGCGAGUUGCUUACCGACAACGGAAUCGAGGCGUUGGCCAAGGGUUGCAACGAGCUACGUAGCUUUCACUGCAAAGGCUGCCGUCAGCUGACGGACAGAGCUGUCAUGUGUGUGGCCCAAAACUGCCACAAAUUGGAGGCGAUCAAUCUACACGAAUGCAGGAAUAUAACAGACGACGCAGUGAGAGAACUCAGUGAACAAUGUCCACGAUUGCACUAUGUUUGCCUAUCGAACUGUCCUAAUCUAACGGACGCGUCCUUAGUCACGUUGGCGCAACACUGUCCACUCCUCAGCAUUCUCGAAUGCGUGGCUUGCACUCAUUUCACCGACGCGGGCUUUCAGGCUCUCGCAAAAAAUUGCAGACUAUUGGAGAAGAUGGAUCUGGAAGAGUGCCUUUUAAUCACAGACGCCACCCUCAUUCAUCUGGGCAUGGGCUGUCCCAGAUUGGAGAAACUGAGUCUGUCCCAUUGUGAGCUAAUCACAGACGAAGGCAUUCGACAAUUGGCCCUUUCGCCGUGUGCAGCUGAACACCUGGCGGCACUAGAGCUGGACAACUGCCCCCUCAUCACAGACGCGAGUCUGGAUCACCUACUGCAGGCCUGCCACAAUCUUCAACGCAUCGAGCUAUACGAUUGUCAACUGAUCACCAGAGCUGGCAUACGUAGGCUCAGAACGCAUUUGCCAAACAUCAAGGUCCACGCGUAUUUUGCACCAGUUACACCACCACCAAGCGCUGGUGCGUCCCGGCAACGAUACUGCCGGUGCUGCGUAAUACUGUGAUUCCGCAUAAAUGUGACAUUUCUGAUGAAAAUCGUCCGAUGUACCACGCUACCGGUGGACUUUUAAUCUCGUUGAUCGCCGAUCGAGCGGCGAUCGUUGGGACCUUCUCUUCCGGUUGCCAGACCCGAGGACUCUGGUCGCGCCUGUCGUCAACACACACACACACACAGUGAGAACGAGCCUCGUCGUCUAACUGAAAACAGAAAAGAAACGAAAAGAAAAAGACAACAACAAAAACAAACCAAAAAAAUCACGAAUCCAUCGGCAGAAAUGAAAAAAACAAAAGCAAGAACAAGCGAUUCGACUCCGCAACACGCAACGAAUACAAAUAUAUCAACAGUACGUCACUGUCACCUAUAUACCACGUACACACAGACACACACAAACAAACGUACAUACUAUACACACAGACACAUCCAAAGAGAGAA